AUGGGCAGGCAGCUGGUGCUGUUUUGCAUUUCGGUGCUUUUAUACAUCGCGCCAAGUACACAGAUUUCGAACCCCGGAGAUCCGCACUACUGGGCAGGUGUAGUGGAGUUCCGAUCGGAUGGUGCGGCAAAUGAAACGGCCGAAAUCAGCACCACCAACCGUUUAAUGCAAUACCUGACCAUUAUCAACUCGGACGAGGCCAAUGACACCGAUGUGCUCGUAUUUCCUGAGGGCACGCUUAACCGGCUCGAAACGUCGUCGUUUGUGCCACAUCCCGACGAUGGCGUCACUCCGUGUAACAAUCUGCGGUACGAACGGGUCGUGCGGGAUGUCUCCUGUGCUGCACGCAACAGGAAAAAGUACAUCGUAAUUAACCUCACCGAGAAGGCCCGAUGCCCGGAAGGAUACGACACGCGUCCAUGCAGCCCGGACGGGUUGUACCAUUUCAAUACCAACGUCGUUUUCGACCGACAGGGAAAGGUCGUUUCGCGCUACCGGAAGUUUAAUCUCUUCGGUGAGCGAGGUAUCAACACGACCGUCGUACCGGAGUUGGCGAGCUUUUAUACCGAUUUUGGCGUCCGUUUCGGUCACUUCAUCUGCUUUGACCUGAUGUUCAACGAACCCGCCCUGGAGCUUGUACGGCUGGGGGUGACUGAUUUCAUCUUUCCCACGAUGUGGUUCUCGGAGUUGCCAUUCCUCACCGCAUCGCAAAUUCAGCUAGGAUGGGCGUUUGCGAAUAAUGCAAAUUUGCUGGCUGCUGGGGCCAGCUUUCCUGGAGUGGGUAGUACCGGUACUGGUGUCUACUCGGGACGACACGGAGCUAUCACAACGAUCAUGAACUAUGAUCCGCAAUCGAAACUUUACGUGGCAAAGGUUCCAAAACUGUUGUUCCCGAACGAGGUCGUCGAUAAGAUUCCUCAACCCAAGGGAACACCGGCGCAGAUGACGAAAUUGUUUUUGAAGCGCGAUCAGAUCGACAAAUACACGACGAAGGAUCUUCCAAUGACGUCAAAUGCUCAACUGGAAGAGCGCGUCUGCUACGAGAACCAUUGCUGUAACUUCACGAUCAAUUACACCGUUAAACAAAAUCUCGGAAAUGCGAUGUACUAUCGCUAUAAGCUGGCCGCUUACGAUGCAGGACGAACCUUUGACGGUUUUGCCGAUGGGCAGAUUACGACAUGUGCCAUUUUCGCUUGCACAUCCCAAAACUUAACCAGCUGUUCCACGCGGUUCGAAUCCAACCAGGCCUAUGACGAGCAAGCCGUUACGUUCAAUUCUAUCACCAUAGUGGCAAAGUUUGCCAACAACGAUGAAACGUUCGUCUUGCCGAACAACGUUGACACCAGCAUCGUUCCGUUCGAUGUGUCCGAAACGGACUACAGUGUAGUACCGGGCACGGCUGACGAGGCACCACACAACAUUGUUACUUAUAAACUGACCAACCCACGAUCAAAUCUGUUCACUUUCGCUAUCUGGUCACGAAAAUUUAAACGCUACGCAAUUGCGUAUGCAAAUCCUUCGGCAUCAGUUUCAUUGCUGGUAGUACUUAUCACAACGGUGGUUGGCUUGGUGAACAAUUUGUGGAAAGCAUAAUGAAUGAGAUUCAUCGGAACCGGAGAGCUUUAAUUUUUUUCCACUUCGCAGAACCCGAACAAUUGUUUCAACCUGGUUGUUUUAUUCCUGGUUUUAUAACACUUAUAUUGUGCCAAAAAAUCAAUACUUAAUAAACAUAUCCUACCU